AUGCGCGCAGGCGGAGGCGCGCAGCGAAUGGGCGCAGGCAGAGCUGCACGCUGCGGAGCGAGUGCUGCGCAUGGCCGACUGCGCGCCAGCACCCGGAGGAUUCGUUCGUCUGGAGCGGGGACUGGUUCUCUCGGUGGGCGGCGCCGUCAUCGCCUUCGUCACGAUCCUGUUGCAGUUCCGCGCUGCGCCGUAGCGAUGAAGGAGAUACUCUCCUUUCGCCUGCUCUCUUUGACGUUUGUUAGGUGUUGUGUUGAUCGAUGUUUCUCAGAAAGGCAUGUAAAGUAGCAGCACAUUGUUAUUGAAAUAAAUAAUAAAUUCAUG